AUGACGACUCGAAUAGCUCCGGGAGUCGGAGCUAAUCUUCUGGGCCAACACUCCGCCGAGAGGAACCAAGACGCUACUGUUUACGUCGGCGGUCUCGAUCCCCAGCUUUCUGAAGAAUUGCUUUGGGAAUUGUUCGUACAAGCCGGUCCCGUUGUUAACGUCUAUGUCCCGAAAGAUAGGGUGACAAAUCUUCAUCAAGGUUAUGGAUUCAUUGAGUUCCGCAGCGAGGAAGAUGCUGACUAUGCAAUUAAGGUUCUUAACAUGAUUAAGCUCCAUGGAAAGCCUAUACGCGUUAACAAGGCGUCUCAAGAUAAGAAGAGCUUGGAUGUUGGUGCUAACCUUUUCAUUGGAAACCUUGACCCUGAUGUGGAUGAGAAGCUCUUGUAUGAUACUUUCAGCGCAUUUGGUGUGAUUGCUUCUAAUCCUAAGAUAAUGAGAGAUCCUGAUACUGGAAACUCACGAGGUUUCGGUUUCAUAAGCUAUGACUCCUUCGAGGCAUCUGAUGCUGCUAUUGAGGCAAUGACUGGACAAUAUCUCUGUAAUCGUCAAAUAACAGUCUCUUACGCAUACAAGAAAGACACUAAAGGAGAGCGACAUGGUACUCCUGCAGAGAGGCUUUUGGCUGCCACAAAUCCAAGUGCUCAGAAAAGCAGACCCCAUACGCUAUUCGCGACCGGCCCACCAACAGCACCUCAAGCUAAUGGUAUACCACGUCCGUUUGCCAACGGCGGCAUGCAGCCUGUUCCGAUCCCGGUCCCUCGUCCAACACCACCACCGCCUCCACAACUCUACCAAACUCAGCCACCAUCUUGGCCAUCUCAGCCGCAACAACAGCAACAACAACACGGCUUACCUCCCCAAGGAAUGCAGUUCCGUCCUCAGGGAAUGCCGCCGCCUCCACCUCCACAGUUUCUUCACCACCAACAAGGUUUCGGCGGUCCAAGGCCACCACCACCACCUCAAGCCAUGGGAAUGCACCAACAUGGGUGGCCGCCGCAACACAUGCAGCAAGGUGGACCACCGCCGCCACAACACAUGCAGCAAGGUGGACCACCGCCGCCACAACAACCUAUGCACCACCAUCAUCACAUGUCUAUGCCUCCACCACCACCACCACAACACCAAGGCUGA